AUGGAGGUUGGACUAUUGAUCGCAUAUGCUGCCUUGGGUAUCAUGGCAGUAGUGCCAAUAUACUAUGGUUCAUUUGCAUCAGUCAAGUGGCCUAAGAAAUCCAAACAAAAACGUAAAAGCCCCGGUCAUGAUACAGACUCAUCUUCAGAAGAGGAAUCUUCAGCCGAGUCUUUAUCAACAGAAGAUGCUUAUCUCUUUCCUAUAUUUGGUUCAGUCGUGUUAUUUUCUCUAUAUUUAAUAUUCAAAUUAUUGGAUAAGGAAUAUGUAAAUUAUCUUGUCACGGCGUACUUUGCGUUCUUGGGCGUAGUCGCAGUGACUAAUGUUGGUGUUCAUGUUGUAAAAAGCGUUUUCAAGUUUAAAGUAGAUGCUUAUAAGCUCGUAUUGACAAAAAAAGCUAAAGAGCUUUACAAUGCCAAUUUCACGAUCAUACAUCUCGUAUCGCUUUUCUUUUCCAUUCUCCUUACUGCUUUUUAUGUGGGCACCAAAAAUUGGAUUGCGUCAAAUAUUUUCGGACUUGCCUUUGCUUUUAACGCAAUUCAGAUGUUAUCGUUGGAUUCCUUCAAAACGGGCAUGAUUCUUCUUGGUGGAUUAUUUUUCUAUGAUAUAUUUUGGGUAUUCGGUACAGAAGUUAUGGUUACUGUGGCAAAAAGCUUUGAUGCACCCAUUAAAGUUGUAUGGCCAAAACAGUGGACCGGUGAGGAGGCAUUGCAAUUUACGAUGCUUGGAUUGGGUGAUAUUGUUGUGCCUGGUAUUUAUGUGGCCCUUUGUCUUCGUUUCGACCACAGCAAUUACCUAAAAAAGAAUCCUAAUGCGGGUCGAUAUUCUACUUUUCCUACUCCUUAUUUCCGGAACUGUUUUACUGCAUACAUACUGGGACUUGUAACAACAAUAGUAGUUAUGCACACAUUUAAAGCUGCACAACCUGCGCUACUUUAUCUUUCCCCUGCGUGUAUAUUGGCUGUUCUUGCUACUGGAAUAAUGAAAAAUCAAUUAACAGAUGUUUUCAAUUAUUCUGCCGAUGAUGCUGAAAGUAAAGAAGAAAAGAAUAAGAAGGACACAGGCCGUCCAAAAAAGCAAAUGUCAAGCGAAAGUGAGGGUGACGAUGGGAAUUUUAAGAAACACAAUAUCCAAGGUGAGGACGACAAUUCUGGAACGAGUGCUGUCCUUACUGCAGAAGAAGAAGACUAUGUAGAUGUAUCACCCACGUCAUCAACAAGCGAUAAUAAAUUAGAAUAG